CAUGUCCAGAUCCCCAUCAUUACACACACACCAAACUAUGUGCAUAUACACACCUCCCCUGUUAUACACACACACUCGCUCCUCUGUUUCUAUCUGACCUUAAACUCACAACUUUUUCUUUAUCUUUCUCUGCACGCCGUACAAAAGCCACCACUUUUAAGGUUGUAUGAGAAGUUGGGAUCUCUAUAAAAGGAUAAUCCUGGUGCCUUUCAUGCCUGUUGAAGCUUGGUUUUUUAUAGUUUGUUUAAAAGGUGAUUAAAACAGUAUAUGUUAAUGGAGCCACGAAAAAAUGAAGUUUAUGAUCACAUCAAUGGUUUCACACCAUAUGAUGAUGAUAUCUUGCCAAUCUUUGAUCAUAAUUCAAGUGUUGGUAAUGGUUAUAGAUUCAAAGACGAAAGUUUAGAUUUCAGCUUCUUAGACCUUCCUAACCCUGUGCAUGACCCUGAAACGAACCUGGACCUUGGUGGUUUAAGUGUGUCCCCUAGUAAAGAGGACUCUCCAGAUGAGUUCAAUGAUUAUGUGUUUGACUUCAUAGACCAAAUUCUCGUGGAAGAGAAUGUGGAAGGAAUGCAAAGUUUGUUUUAUGACCCUUUGGAAUUACAAGCCACUGAGAGAUCGUUGUAUGAAGCCCUUGGUGAGGAAUACCCUUAUUCUCAACCACAGGUUACAUUAUCUGCAAAUGUUGAAAACUCAGAAGAUAAUGUUGUUGGGAGUUCAGGUGAUUUUAGUACUAAUAGUAGCACGAGUUAUGGCAACUACCCUCAUCCCGAUUGGUCUGGCGGUUACAAAUUGGAUUCAAAUUCGUCAGUUGCACAAGCUCAGUCCGUUGAUCAUGCCCCAUUUUGGUCAUAUGAUUCUAAUACUAGUGUCACGAAUGCUGAAAUGUUGAAUACACACGUAGCACAGAAUAUAUUCACGGAUAGUGAGUCUAUCAAGCAGUUCAAUAGAGGAAUGGAGGAAGCUAGCAGAUUUUUACCAUUAAGUAAACCUCUUGUUAUUGAUUUGGAUCAGUACGACUUGCCUCAAGAUUCAAAAGAUGAUUCUCCAAAGAUCGUAGUCAAAGUGGAGAAAGUGGAGAAAGUCGAAAAAGAUAAGCCGUCCAAUGGGCUUAAGGGAAGGAAGCAUUAUCAGUCAGAGGACAAUGUUUUUGAGGAAGAGCGAAGCAGCAAGCAAUCUGCUGUUUAUGUGGAAGAAGAUGAGUUAUCUGAAAUCUUCGAUAGAGUUCUUCUCGGUGCUGAUGCUAAUGGAAACCUGAUACCAUGUCAUAGAGAACUACCUAUUAAUGUAAACCACAAAUCACAGCAAAAUGGGCCAACAGGUGGCUCUAAUAAUAGCCGUGCUGCUAGAAAACAGACGGCUAAAGCUAUUGAUCUUAGUACCCUGUUAGUAAACUGUGCCCAAGCGGUUGCUGCUGGUGACCAGAGGUCAGCAUAUGAACAGUUAAAUCAGAUAAGACAGCACACAUCUACUUCUGGUGAUGCUUCACAGAGGUUAGCUCAUGUAUUUGUUACCGGUAUUGAGGCUCGUUUGGCUGGAACUGGUUCUCAACUCUAUGCAGCUAAAUGUGCCUCAAGGAUCUCGGCUGUUGACAAGUUGCUGGCGUAUCAAGUUUUUCUUUCAGCUUGCCCCUUCAAGAAGGUUGCCAUGAUUUUUGCUAACAAAACAAUAUUUGAUUCAGCUUCAACCUCGUCAACUAUCCAUAUAGUGGAUUUCGGUAUUGCAUACGGGUUUCAGUGGCCCGUUUUUAUUAAACAUCUUUCAAACAGACCUAAUGGGCCACCUAUGCUGAGGAUUACUGGAAUAGAGUACCCCCAACCGGGUUUUCGCCCAGCUGAAAGGUUAGAGGAGACGGGUCGACGUUUAGCCAAUUAUUGUAAACGGUUCAAUGUCCCGUUUGAGUAUAAUGCCAUAGCAAGUCAAAAUUGGGAGACAAUUAAAAUUGAAGACCUCAAGCUUCAAAGAAACGAAUUUUUAGCAGUCAACUGUUUGGCCCGGUUCCAGAACUUGCUGGAUGAGACUGUUUGUGUAGAGAGUCCAAGAGACCAGGUUUUGAAGCUGAUUCGUGAUAUGAAACCAGAUAUUUUUGUUCAUGAAGUCAUUAAUGGAGCUUAUAGUUCUCCAUUCUUUGUGACUCGUUUCAAGGAAACUCUAUUUUACUACUCUGCAUUGUUUGAUAUGUUUGAUGCCACUAUCGAGCGUGAGAAUGAGCAAAGGUUGAAUUUUGAAAAGCAGUUUUUUGGGCGUGGAGCUAUGAACGUGAUAGCGUGUGAAGGUGCUGAACGGGUUGAGAGACCAGAAUCCUACAAGCAAUGGCAGGUGCGAGUAUCACGGGCUGGGUUCAAGUUGAAACCACUGAACCAGGAUCUUGUUGAAAAGUUGAGAUGUAAGAGGGAAGGGUAUCAUAAAGAUUUCGUAUUUGAUGAAGAUCGUAAAUGGAUAUUACAAGGAUGGAAGGGGCGGAUACUGUAUGCUAGUUCUUGUUGGGUACCUGUUUAGGAGUCUUUCUACUUCAGUUCACUAAAUGGUCAGACAGUAGUAGAUGAAUAUGUCCAAUAUUGUAAUGUAGUAUUCAUGUUUUCAUUUAAUUAAUUUUACAUAUUUAAACUUAUAUGAAGUUAUUAAUAGAGGUUCUAAUUUUGGCUGCUA